AUGAACGGCGGAAGUGCAGACCCGCGGCUACGGAGGAGGGCCUCGGAGGGAGCCUCGACGCCACCAGCUCCCGACACCGGCAGGGAACACCUCACGACCAGACCAUCUGAGGAACCCCCACUCCUGGUGGUGAAUCUCGACAGCGACGAGGAGGACGAAUUGCUACGCAGUCCCAGCGAUUCGAACGCGAGUUCACCCCCGCGAAAGCGCUGGUCUCCGCCGGGCAGUCCGUCCCGCUCGCCCAGCCCAUCACCGCCACGCCACCGCCGCCGCGAGCCGAGAACUCCGCCGAGGUCACCGGACCCCUCACCGCCUCGGGGACGGGAGUCGCGCUCGACUCGGCGCAGUCCCACCCCGCCGCGCCAGCGAUCUCCCCGACCGCGCAGUCUAUCGCCACUGGUGAUCCUCGGGGAGCUACAGGAGGCGUUAAAAUUCGACUGGUCAGAAGAAAUAGACACCAACCCGCUCUUCAACGGCAUCCGUCCCUUCGCCAGCCUGCUGGCCGCCAGCGAGUACGUCCGCCCGGGAUUCGUUUCGGCCCUGACAGAUUUGGUCCGCGCGCUCACUCACCAGGGCUGCGGCUACUGCCCCAUCGCAGAGGGACUGCGACCUCCACGGAGUAUGGGGUCCUCCGCUACGAUUCGGGAGUUCCCUUUAACCCGGGAGAGCGGCACACAAACGGUGGAACCAGAGCCACUCCCGUUACCUGCCGUCCCGCCUCCACCUCAAGAAACGGCCAUAAGGGAGCCCGAACCAGCGAACCCGUCACCACCAAGUAACCAAGCGGAGGCGAGCCAAGCGACGGAGAAUCGGGUCACCAGUGAACUCCACCCGAAAAGGAAGCCCAGCCGAGAGCUACCCAAUAAGCCCGCCCAACGAACCCGCUACGGGGCCUGUUACAACUGCGGUAGUUCCCGGCACGCCCGCCAGGAAUGUCCGGAGCCCCCUGGAAUCUUCUGCUUCCGUUGCGGAACCCGAGGGGUCACAGUGCGUACCUGCCCGAUCCAUGGACCCAUUUACGAGAAGGAGCAGCGCAACAACACCCGUCCAACACCGUCGCGGCGUCGCGACGACGAUCGCCAAGGCCCUCAACCGCACCGUAACCACGCACGGGGAUAA